AUGCUGGAGAUGGAGCACGCUCAGUUUGUCUGUGAGGUAAAAGAGGACCUUCUCCAGCGCUUGACACGGGCGGAGGCGGUGGCCCAUCGGCUGCUAGGGGAGGGGCUACUGAGCGAGGACGCGUACUUCAGUGUCAGUGACGCUGUGGGUGGGGAGAGGAGGGCCCAGGAGCUGUGGGCGGGGCUAGAGACGGGCGGCAUCGCAGCGAAGGAUGGAUUCUAUAGAGCGCUGUUUCACUGCCAGCCUCUGCUGUACAGAGAGUUGGAAAAGGAGCGAGUGAUGAGGAUGUGUGGAACAAACGGAGGGAGCGAGGUGGACAGACUGGAGAGAAGAAGGGAGGAGCUGCGGACAGAGGAGAGGAAACUCAAGCUGGAGAGAGAAAAGAUGGAGAGAGAGAGGGAUGAGCUAGAGCGCAUCAGGAAGGAGGUAGAGAAAAUGAGACAGGCAGUACGGCAAGAGACUGAGCAGCUACAGCUAAUCAGAGAAAAAAGAUGAAAGAAGGAUGAAAUAAGAAAUGCUUCAAAAUAAAAUCUGAAAAUGUACUUGGUGCUUUAGCAUUGUUUUCUUAUGUUUGGGCAUAAUCAUCCGCUGUUAACAGCUGAAUGGCCUCCUUCAAGACUGCUGACUGGUGCUGGCUGUUCAGCAACUUCAACACCAUUUUAACUGUAUUUCAGAAAUUCCAAAACCAUUUAACUGGAUUUUAGAAACUUGUAGAACAUGUGUAGAAGUGUAGAACAUGGAGACUGUGUUUGUGCAUUGUGCCUGUUGUGAUUCAGUUUACAGUGAUGACAGUAACGGUGACCUAUUUGAGAGAAUGUUUUUUUUAAGACACUUAACUUGCACAGUUGUGUUUCUGUA